AUGCCGGUUAUGAAAGGAUUACUGGCUCCUCAGAACACCUUCCUGGACACUAUCGCCACCCGUUUCGACGGAACACAUAGCAACUUCAUCCUGGCCAAUGCCCAGGUGGCGAAGGGUUUCCCCAUAGUCUACUGCUCUGAUGGCUUCUGUGAUCUGGCUGGAUUUGCACGAACUGAAGUCAUGCAGAAGAGUUGCAGUUGCAAGUUUUUGUUUGGGGUGGAGACCAAUGAGCAGCUGAUGCUUCAGAUAGAAAAGUCCCUGGAGGAGAAGAUAGAGUUCAAAGGAGAAAUUAUGUUCUAUAAGAAGAAUGGGUCUCCGUUUUGGUGCUUAUUGGAUAUUGUUCCUAUAAAGAAUGAGAAAGGAGAUGUGGUCCUUUUUCUGGCCUCAUUCAAAGAUAUAACAGACACGAAAGUAAAGAUUACUUCAGAAGAUAAAAAAGAAGACAGAACCAAAGGAAGAUCAAGAGCAGGGACCCACUUUGAGUCAGCGCGGAGACGGAGCCGAGCUGUCCUUUAUCACAUCUCGGGACACCUGCAAAGAAGAGAAAAGAACAAACUGAAAAUAAACAAUAAUGUGUUUGUAGAUAAACCAGCAUUUCCAGAGUAUAAAGUUUCUGAUGCAAAAAAAUCCAAGUUCAUCCUGUUGCAUUUCAGCACUUUCAAAGCUGGCUGGGACUGGCUCAUUUUGCUGGCGACAUUCUAUGUUGCUGUGACAGUACCUUACAAUGUGUGCUUCAUUGGCAAUGAGGACCUGUCCACAACUCGGAGCACAACAGUCAGUGACAUUGCAGUGGAGAUUCUUUUUAUUAUAGAUAUUAUUCUAAAUUUCCGAACAACUUAUGUCAGCAAGUCUGGCCAAGUUAUCUUUGAAGCAAGAUCCAUUUGUAUCCACUAUGUGACCACCUGGUUCAUCAUUGAUUUGAUUGCUGCCCUGCCCUUUGACCUCCUGUAUGCUUUCAAUGUCACAGUGGUGUCCCUCGUGCAUCUCCUAAAGACUGUCCGGCUGCUGCGUCUUUUGCGCCUCCUACAGAAACUGGACCGUUAUUCUCAGCAUAGCACAAUCGUCCUCACCCUGCUCAUGUCCAUGUUUGCUCUCCUUGCACACUGGAUGGCAUGUAUCUGGUAUGUCAUUGGAAAAAUGGAGAGGGAGGACAACAGCCUUCUCAAGUGGGAAGUCGGUUGGCUUCACGAGCUGGGGAAGAGACUGGAAUCUCCAUACUACGGCAACAACACGCUGGGGGGCCCGUCCAUCCGGAGUGCCUACAUUGCAGCCUUGUAUUUUACUCUUAGCAGCCUCACCAGCGUUGGUUUCGGGAAUGUGUCUGCUAACACAGAUGCAGAGAAGAUCUUCUCCAUCUGCACCAUGCUGAUUGGAGCCCUGAUGCAUGCCUUGGUGUUUGGGAAUGUGACUGCCAUCAUACAGAGGAUGUACUCUAGAUGGAGUCUGUAUCACACUAGAACCAAGGACCUAAAGGACUUUAUCCGUGUGCAUCACCUACCCCAGCAGCUCAAGCAGAGAAUGCUUGAGUACUUUCAGACAACCUGGUCGGUCAACAAUGGGAUAGAUUCAAAUGAGCUUUUGAAAGACUUUCCAGAUGAGCUGCGCUCUGACAUCACAAUGCAUCUGAACAAGGAGAUCUUACAGUUGUCCCUAUUUGAAUGUGCCAGCAGGGGCUGCCUCAGGUCUCUGUCUCUCCACAUCAAAACUUCAUUCUGUGCUCCAGGAGAGUAUCUGCUGCGCCAGGGAGAUGCUUUGCAGGCCAUCUACUUUGUGUGCUCAGGUUCUAUGGAGGUUCUUAAAGACAGCAUGGUGUUGGCUAUUCUAGGGAAGGGGGAUUUAAUUGGAGCGAAUCUAUCAAUUAAAGACCAAGUGAUCAAAACCAAUGCUGACGUGAAGGCACUGACCUACUGUGAUCUGCAGUGCAUCAUCCUUAAAGGUCUCUUUGAGGUGCUGGGCCUUUACCCUGAGUAUGCACACAAAUUCGUAGAAGACAUCCAGCACGACCUCACAUAUAACCUUCGAGAAGGUCAUGAGAGCGAUGUAAUAUCAAGAUUAUCGAACAAAUCUACAGUCUCACAGGCAGAGCCCAAGGGGAAUGGAAGCAUCAACAAGAGACUCCCAUCCAUUGUGGAAGAUGAGGAAGAGGAAGAAGAGGUGGAGGAAGAAGAGACCACCUCCCUUUCUCCCAUCUACACAAGGGGAUCCUCUGUUUCGCGCAGCAAAAAGAUUGGCAGCAAUAAGAGCUAUCUAGGUUUAAGCUUCAAGCAGCUGGCCUCGGGGACAGUACCAUUCCACUCACCUAUUAGAGUCUCCAGUAGCAACUCUCCAAAAGCCAAGCAGGAGACUGACGCACGUAACCAUGGCAGAAUGAAGGAGAAGAACCUGAAAGUGCAGCUUAGCAGCCUGAACAGUGCUGGCACCCCAGAGCUUAGUCCAAGGAUUGUUGAUGGAACUGAAGAUGGCAACAGCAGUGAGGAAACACAGACUUUUGACUUUGGCUCUGAACAAAUCAGGCCAGAGCCCAGAAUUUCCCCUCCCCAUGGAGAAGCAGAGGUCGGAGCUGCUGUUCUGUUCAUCAAGGCUGAAGAAACCAAACAGCAGAUAAACAAACUCAACAGUGAGGUAACAACACUGACUCAGGAGGUCUCCCAACUAGGUAAAGAUAUGAGAAGCAUCAUGCAACUUCUGCAAAACAUCUUGUCACCUCAGCAGCCGUCACGAUUUUGUUCUCUGCAUCCCAGCCCGAUGUGUCCUUCCAGAGAAAGUUUACAGAGUAGGGUGAGCUGGAGUGCUCACCAGCCUUGCCUGCAUUUGCAGGCAGGUGGAGCACAGCUUUAUGGUGGUAACAUCACCUCUGACAUCUGGAGUGUGGAUCCCACCUCUGUGGGCAGUAGCCCUCAACGAACUGAACUUUAUGAGCAAAACCCAGCAGACCGUGAACCACAUCAUUCUCCAAACCUUGAUUAUUCCCCCUCCCACUGCCAGGUUAUCCAGGAAGGUCACUUGCAGUUCCUAAGGUGCAUUUCCCCCCAUUCCGACACCACACUGACACCUUUGCAGUCCAUCUCAGCCACUCUCUCAUCCUCUGUGUGCUCCUCAUCAGAAACAUCUUUGCACCUGGUUCUCCCAAGUAGAUCAGAGGAGGGCAGCGUCACGCAUGGACCUGUGAGUUCCUUCAGUUUGGAAAACUUACCAGGCUCUUGGGACCGAGAAGCAACGAUGUCAAACGCUACAGAACCCUUGGAGAGCUUUCCAGUAGAAGUUGUCACAAGCACAGCAGAUGUAAAGGACAGCAAAGCCAUCAAUGUAUGAUAUCAGCACAUAGAGGCAGCUUCCAAUGCCAAACCCACUGCUACAUGACAGCUCUUGUUUGCCUUUGGGGCUUCUAGCAGGCAUGGAGUCUCAGCAAUUUGGUAAUACUACAGAAAUGAGGGCAAGGGGCCAGGAAAAGGCAGAGCCACCUCUAUACUGUAGCAAACACUUUCUAGAUCUUAGAAGCAUCAAAUCUGUUCUGUACAGGUGUUAACUUACUGGUCUGUUUGACGGACUUUGGUAACCAUCCAAAGACCCCGAGGGUCUGAGAAGAUAGAAAUCCCAGACAAAGAGUUUGGGGAUUAGCUUUGUCGUAAGUGGCUUUUGUGAAGUGCAGCAAAGGUUUUUCCUGAGUGCCUGAUUGUCAUUCCCCGACAACAUCCACAGCACUGUUGGCCUCCUGAGUGCAGA